CCGGACGUUUACUGGUUGCUGGUUUGGAUUCGGAUUCCAGAUUGUCGUUGUGAGCCGAGGCGUUAGCUGUUGUUGAUAACAUGAUCAGCCUGUUUAACUCCCGAUGGUUGACUUUCACCUUCAGACAUCCGCGAACAGCAGCUACGGCGGCUCCCAAGGUUAAUCUGUCCACAGCCCGUCCAGAACCUGUCAUUCCAUCUAAGGAGCCCAUAAAAGUGGAGCUUGUUGGAGGAAAAAGCUACUCAUGGUGCACCUGUGGAUACAGUCGGAAACAGCCGUUUUGCGAUGGAACCCACAAAACCAGAGCACAGGGAAUGAAGGGGCUUCGCUUUGUACCGGAGAAAGACUCCACGGUGUGGCUGUGUGGAUGCAAGCACACCAACAAUGCGCCUUACUGCGACGGCACACACAAACAGGACUUCAUCGUGUCUGCUCCGCUGCAUGAAUACACAGACUGAUGAAGGCGAAGAACCCUGAGGACAGAUAUGAGUCAUUGGGAGAAACAUUUCAGAGAAAACAGCAUCAGGGCAGUUGGGUUUUUUUUUUUUUUUUUUUUUAAAUCAGUGGGGCAUGUUGCCAGUGAACUAAAUGGCAUCUAGGUUUCCGCUAUUAACUUUGAAGAUGAGUGAUCUUACAGAAAUAAAUUGUUCUUGAACAUG